AUGACGAUGAAGUUUUUGGUCUUAGUAAUUACUGUGAGUAUUGCAGCGCAUAAUUCCAGUGCUGUAAUUUUGGAUCGUGAAUAUAUGCUUCGAUUGGGGGAUUCGCUCACUGGAAAUCAGACCCUAAUUUCGAAGAAUGACACGUUUACAUUGGGAUUUUUUAGUCCCGAAGGAACAAAUAAUUUGUAUAUUGGCAUCUGGUAUACCCGAAUCUCUCAAAACGCCACAGUUUGGGUGGCUAACAGAGAAAAUCCUGUCAGAAUCAUGCCCGGCGUUCUGAGAUUUUCGGAAGAUGGUCAUCUCAGAUUGUUUGAUGGAAAGGGCCAGUCGGUUUGGUCGACUGUUAAUGGCCAGAAAGGAUCACGAGCUAUGAUAACGGACACUGGUAAUUUCAUUAUGCUGGACGCCUACAACAAGUCUGCGAUUGUUUGGGAGAGUUUCGCGCAUCCGACAGAUACAUGGUUGCGUGGCAUGAAGAUGUGGAAAGGCAUGACGCUAACUUCCUGGAAGAGUUCUCGGAUCCUGCAAGUGGGCUCUUCUCUAUCCGAAUGGACGUGUCUCCGGGAAAGACGGAGAUGA